AACUCUUUUUUUUUUCAUAUAUUUAAAAUAAAUAAUCAUGUCCACCGCUAACUUAUCUAUGCCCAUGUAUUUACUUCAAGAUGGUGAUCAUAUAUUAACUUCCACUGUGAAUUAUUUAUCAGCUGCAUGUGUAGCUCAAUAUCUUCAACAAAGUCCUACUAUCAAGGCUACUUUAACUAUGGACGGUGAUUCCAUUCGACUUCCUAUCUACGCUCUUCGAAGACGAAAUGCUGUCGUUGCCAAUCUUCCUGAUGCUCCUGUCUCUUAGUUAUCAUCAUUCUCCCUUUCAAAUACCAUUUUCAUAUAUACUCAUACAUAUAUACAAAAACUAUCUCUAAAAACAAGGCAUACAAACUUCAUAUAUAUUCAUGUAUUCAUUCAAUUAGUUUAUUUUUUUUUGAUUUUUUUUUUCUUUUCAUCUGCAUAUCAUAUUAGACAAAUAUAAAUAAAUAAAAAAAAAAAGUUAACUAUACUAG